AUGGCGACCUCCACCCUAAUCAUGCCGACAAUGUCCGAUAUGUCUAAGCUGAGACUAUCUUUGGACCUCACGUCCGAUCUCGACUUGAAUCCAGCUUCUGAGACCACAACUCUCAAGUCCGAAACAUCAACACUCAACGACCAGACCAUGAGCGUCGCGAGCUCAAGCAGUAGCAUCUGCAGCUUCAGCACAGACAACAGCAACAUAAUAAGCCCACUGUCCACCAAAACCGCCAAGAAAGUCCGCUUCGAGGAGUCAGUGAGCUGGUCCUACUUCCACGAACCCGCAUCCGAGACCCGACCAGAGCCUGAGCGGAGAGGAUCCUUCUUGGGACGAAGCUGGCAACGCUUCAAGCAACGAAACACUUCCGGCGACCUUGACAUUACACCACCAGCUAUACAACUACAGCAACUGAACCGACAGAACUCUUCAAUGGAUAUGCUCUCAUCAAGUCACAAGAGCGCAAAGAACUCUCUAUUGGCAUCGUCAGCGGCGAGAAGAUCUUCACUAGCAUACUCGGAAGAGCACCCUCUUAGGGAAGGCACAGGACCGAGGUUCAACGGUGCCGAGACGCACGUAACAUGGAGGGCAAGCUCGGCGACUGCAAAGGGCGAUUGGGGUGACUUACUCAGUAACCCGAGACAAAGUGCAUUGUACGCUUGA